AUGGGAUUGUCGGAAGUUUCUGAAGCGUCUGGUAUCGACAGCGUCCGUCGGACGAGGUCAGCUUCAUCUAGACGAGCUAAUGGAGAUGAAAUUGUCGUCUCCAGCGACGCAGCACAGCCUGUUAAGCGACCUCGAGGACGACCAUAUCGUGCCUCUUUACUCAGUGCGGCUACGACUUCUACAGCAUCCUCGCCUUGUCAUUUGAAUGGAGUCGAACCACGGCACGCAAGAGCAACAGCAAUUAGCAGCACAUCUGCGUCUUCUGCUGUCACUCCACAAGAGCUGUCAUCUGAUGCCGAGUACUCGACACCUGCUACCAGCACGUUUCCUACGCCCUUGGCUGCAGAAGUUUCAGCGUCUACCGAAGCCUCGAGACCCCUUACUUCACUAGAAAUACGUCUGCCUGCUAGGCGUCGUGAUGACGACUCUGACAGCGAACGAGCACUCAGAAAAAGCAUCUACUCCAUGAAAGCGAAUAGGAAGCUUACUGAAAUCAUCGAUUCUGACGAGGAAGAUGACGAUUUCUCUGACACAGGCCGGUACGCAAAGAUAGCCCGUCAGGUGCAGGAUGAAGAGUUUGCAAGAGCUGGAGAGGCAACAUUGCGUUCCUCGCCGCGCCGUAGGAGCAGUCGUGCCGUGACUGCCAUCUCCUCGCCUCUCCCCGCCCCCAGUGUAUCAAAGAGAACCAGAGCCUCAACUACAUCAUUCACACAGCUCGCUCGUCCAGCAAAGAAGAGCAGAGUAAUAUCGGAUUCAGAGGAUCCCACAGCGUCAGACAUUGACAUGGAUACAGAAAUCGCGGUUGCCGCUGCGCUGGAUAGUGAACUAUCCGAUCCCCUGGAGCUGUCAGAGGACGAGGCCACAUGCGAAGCUACGGCGGAUGCAGGCGAUGAUGUGUCUGAUGUUUUCUCGGAUGAUGAGCCCCUUUCAGCUAAGAAAAGGGGCAAGCUACCAGCAAAACCAAGGGCCCUACCGGCAAAGGGCAGGGUGUCAGUCAGACGAGGUAGGCCACCAACAGCAGCGACUGGUUCCAAAUCAACCUUUGCAAGAAGCCGCAAUCCUGCACGGAAAGCCGUCACGCGUUCGGACGAUGCUGAGGUCGCAGACGAAAUGGUUGGCAUCACUUCUGAUGUAUCCUCAGUCUCUGCUGUUAUGACCUCUUCCGACUCGAGUGACCCUGAGCAAGGUGUAUCUCAGUCACGAAGGAUUGCUGCCAACCGUCGAGCGUAUAGAUCAGGCAACAGAGGGCGCCUUAGCAUCACUUCUGAUGUAUCCUCAGUCUCUGCUGUUAUGACCUCUUCCGACUCGAGUGACCCUGAGCAAGGUGUAUCUCAGUUACAAAGGAUUGCUGCCAACCGUCGAGCGUAUAGAUCAGGCAACAGAGGGCGCCUUAAGAAGGAACGCGAUCGCCUCGAAUAUCACCAUCCAGAAAUCGUUACUAUGUGGGAAGACUUGGAAAAGAUGCCUGUUCUUCAAGCUGGCAUGGCUCCACAGCCGCAAAGCAUAUCCAGGCAGCUCAAACCAUUCCAGCUGGAAGGGCUUGCUUGGAUGAAAGAAAUGGAAAAGUUGGAAUGGAAAGGUGGACUGCUAGGUGACGAAAUGGGUCUAGGCAAGACCAUUCAAGCUGUCUCACUUAUCAUGUCCGAUUACCCAGCUAAGCAGCCAUCAUUGGUUCUCGUACCGCCAGUUGCAUUGAUGCAAUGGCAGUCGGAGAUCAAAUCAUACACGGAUGGCACUCUGAAGACUUUCGUCUUCCACGGAACUAACCAAAAGGCCAAAACCAUCACCUCCAAAGAGCUCAAGACAUAUGAUGUAAUCAUGAUGUCCUACAAUAGCUUGGAGUCCAUGUACCGAAAGCAAGAAAAAGGCUUUAAGCGAAAGAACGGCAUCCACAAGGAAAAGAGUGUCAUACAUUCAAUUCAUUUCCACCGGGCCAUCCUAGAUGAGGCUCACAGCAUCAAGACGCGGACAACUAUGACUGCGAAGGCUUGUUUCGCCCUUCAAACAACAUAUCGCUGGUGUCUGACCGGAACUCCGUUGCAAAACCGUAUCGGAGAAUUCUUUUCACUCGUUCGAUUCUUGAAUGUCAGGCCAUUUGCUCUCUACCUCUGCAAACAGUGUCCCUGCUCAACUCCUGAGUGGGCGAUGAAUGAUGAUAGUCGCUGCUCCCAUUGCAACCAUGCAGGCAUGCAACAUGUCUCUGUCUUCAAUCAGGAGCUUCUCAACCCAAUUCAAAAGUUUGGCAAUCUUGGGCCCGGCCGGGAGGCUUUUCGCAAGCUUAGAUUGAUGACGAAACGAAUCAUGUUACGUCGCCUCAAGAAAGACCACACCGACUCUAUGGAACUGCCCGUUAAGGAAGUCUACGUUGAGAGACAGUUUUUUGGCGAAGAAGAGAACGACUUUGCCAAUAGCAUCAUGACCAAUGGUCAGCGCAAAUUCGACACCUACGUCGCCCAAGGUGUACUUUUGAACAAUUACGCCAACAUUUUUGGUCUCAUCAUGCAAAUGCGACAAGUGGCAGACCACCCCGAUUUGAUUUUGAAGAAGAAUGCUGACGGUGGACAAAACGUGUUAAUCUGCAGCAUCUGCGACGAGCCGGCAGAGGAUACCGUUCGCAGUCGAUGCAAACACGACUUUUGCCGAGCCUGUGUUUUUAGCUACAUUGGAUCAACAGAAUCCCCCGACUGUCCUCGAUGUCAUAUUCCUCUGUCGAUUGAUCUCGAGCAACCUGAGAUUGAGCAGGACGAAAAAUUGGUCAAGAAGAAUUCGAUUAUUAACCGAAUCAAGAUGGAGAAUUGGACUUCAUCUUCCAAGAUUGAACUGCUCGUCCACGAGCUGCACAAACUCCGUUCAGACAAUGCAUCGCACAAGUCUAUUAUUUUUUCACAGUUCACGACCAUGCUGCAGCUUAUCGAGUGGCGUCUACGUAGAGCUGGCAUUACCACCGUCAUGUUGGAUGGCUCCAUGACUCCCGCGCAGCGUCAGGCUUCUAUUGAGCAUUUCAUGGAUAACGUUGAUGUUGAAUGCUUUCUCGUCUCCCUCAAGGCAGGAGGUGUAGCGCUAAAUCUCACAGAAGCAUCGAGAGUCUUUAUUGUUGAUCCGUGGUGGAAUCCAGCCGCAGAGUGGCAGUCCGCAGAUCGGUGCCACCGCAUUGGCCAAACCCGCCCUUGCACCAUCACACGUCUUUGUAUCGAAGAUUCGGUAGAGAGCCGUAUGGUUUUAAUCCAGGAGAAAAAGACAAAUAUGAUUCACUCGACUGUGAAUGCAGACGACAAGGCCAUGGAGAGUCUUAGUCCGGAAGACAUGCAGUUUUUGUUCAGAGGCACCUAA